UAAACGUGUAAUUGUUUAAUUUAGUUAUUUACGUGAUUACAUUACGAUGGCAGAUUCAGCUGUAGUAUUGGCGAAAAAGGCGAAGAUUGAUGAAGGGAAAACCCAAAACGAUUGUAAUGGUUACGAUUUAGAUGCACAUUUUACGAAGUUCAGGCCAGAUAAAGAUAGUCGGUGUACAUGGACAAAAAAAUCGUGUUUUGAAGAAUCACCUCAUAUUCACAAUGGAAACUUAAAUAAUAAAAAUGAAAUUUUACCUAACAUAUUGCAUGCAAUUGGCAAUACACCUUUAGUGAAGUUGAAUCGAAUACCUCAAGCAGAGGGCAUUGAAUGCGAGAUUUUGGCUAAAUGUGAAUUUUUGAAUCCGGGUGGUAGUACUAAAGAUAGAAUUGGAUGGAAAAUGGUUGAAGAUGCUGAACGUCAAGGAUUGCUGAAACCUGGAAUUACAAUAAUUGAGCCAUCAUCAGGAAACACAGGAAUUGGGUUGGCCAUGGCUGCUGCGGUUAAAGGAUAUAACUGUACAGUAGUAAUGCCAAUGAAAAUGUCUCGUGAAAAGGUAGAUGCUCUACGAUUAUUGGGUGCAAAAAUUGUACGUACACCUACAACAGCUGCAUUUAAUGAACUAGAUGGUUUGAUACGUGUAGCACAUAGGUUACACUUGGAAGAUCCUGAAAAUACUAUAAUACUUGAUCAGUAUCGCAAUAAAUAUAAUCCUCUGGCACAUUUUGAUGGGACUGGCCAAGAAAUAUUAGAACAAACAAACUAUAAUGUUGAUGCAGUAGUGGCUGGUACCGGUACAGGUGGCACAAUCACAGGCAUUGGCAGAAAGUUGAAACAAGUACUUGGAGAUAAAUGUCGCAUAAUAGCAGCUGAUCCUUACGGUAGCAUUUUAUCAUUGCCCGAAAGUCUUAAUGAAACAGAUAUACAAGUAUAUGAUGUUGAAGGCAUUGGUUAUGAUUUUGUGCCAACAGUGUUGGAUAGAUCAGUUGUAGAUGAAUGGAUCAAGACUGAUGAUAAAAACUCUUUUCCCAUGGCUAGAAGAUUGGCACGCGAAGAAGGAUUGUUGUGUGGCGGAAGUAGUGGCUCAGCUAUGUAUGUUGCUCUUCAGGUAGCCAAGACUAUGAAAAAAGGUCAAAGACUAGUGGUAAUAUUGCCUGACGGUAUACGAAAUUAUAUGUCCAAGUUUGUUCAAGACGAAUGGAUGCGUGAAAAAGGACAUAGCCUUGUUGAAGAUGAACAGGAAGUAUCUAAGAAAAAUUAAUUAUGAUAUAAGAUUCUUUCUUUUACACAUAUUUGUAUUAUGCAUUAAGAAAAUUACAUCAAA